CCUAAUAAAAUCAGCAAGAUGCGCCCAGGGCUUGAGAUCCCCUUACAUAAUUUUGCACCAUGAAUUUCGCCGGUAAAGUUGUUCUAAUUACGGGAGCGAGCUCCGGAAUCGGCGCUGCCACCGCCGUUAAAUUCGCCAAGUAUGGAGCUUGCCUGGCGCUGAACGGACGCAAUGUGGAGAAUCUUAAGAAGGUGGCCGAUGAGUGCAGCAAAGUGGGACAAUCGCAGCCAGCUCUGAUGGUUGGCGACAUCGCCAAGGAGGCGGACACCCAGAGGAUCUGGACAGAGACACUGGAGAAGUAUGGCAGGCUGGACGUGCUGGUCAACAAUGCCGGAAUCCUCGAGACGGGCACCAUCGAGAACACCAGUCUGGAGCAAUAUGAUCGGGUGAUGAACACCAACCUGCGGGCGAUCUAUCACCUGACCAUGCUGGCCACUCCAGAGCUGGUGAAGACCAAGGGCAACAUCGUGAACGUGUCCAGUGUCAAUGGCAUACGAUCCUUUCCCGGCGUCCUAGCCUACAACAUAUCCAAAAUGGGCGUGGACCAGCUGACCCGCUGCGUGGCCUUGGAGCUGGCCUCCAAGGGUGUGCGGGUCAACUGUGUGAACCCCGGCGUGACGGUGACCAACCUGCAUUCCCGCGGCGGCAUGGAUCCGGAGACGUACGAGAAGUUCCUGGAGCACUCGAAGUCCACCCAUGCCCUAGGUCGUCCCGGGGAUGUCAGCGAGGUGGCUGCGGCCAUUGCCUUCCUGGCCAGCGAUGAGGCCAGCUUCAGCACUGGCGUCAGCCUGCCCGUCGAUGGAGGUCGCCAUGCCAUGUGCCCACGUUAAAUCCGUUGGAUUUGGGCUAUUAGACACCCUUGCAUGGUCUUUUCCAUGUGUAAAUGCAUUUAUAACGCAGCUUUACUUGUUAUUCUCAAUUUCUUAUUGUUCUGUUGUACAUCAAACUGAUUACCGUCGAUCUUAACAUCUCUGUUCAAGACUACCGCUCAAAUAGCUUUAAUAAAAAGUAAUAUUUUUUAACGCAAUAAAAUUGCAUAGCACUCAUA